AUUUGGGCACGUUCACAACCCCGGACAACACAGUCAUGGACCGAUCGUAUCGACUCUUAAACUACCUCAUUCUCCUUUUCGCUCUCCCAUUUGCGUUGGCAUUGAAAUUCGACAUCAAUGCUGUCCCGCAGCACGACUCAGCCAAAUAUGAGCGGUGCAUUCGAAACUUCGUGGCCAAGGACCAGCUGGUAGUUGUGACGGCCAUUGUGAGCGGGUAUAGGGGGGAUGGACAGACACUCAACAUGCAUAUUCGCGAUGCGAUGGGCAAUGACUAUGGAAGGCCAAAGGAUGUCUAUGGCGAGAACAGAUACGCCUUCACUUCGCAUGCCGACUCCGCAUUCGAUGUUUGCUUUGAGAACAUUCUGUCGUCGACUCAUCAAAUGAACCCUAGUAGACACGUCGAGCUUGACAUCGAUAUCGGCGCCGAUGCAAAAGACUGGUCUGCCAUCCAGGCUGGCGAGAAACUAAAACCGGUCGAGGCUGAACUGCGACGGAUCGAGGAAGUCGUGGGCGAAAUUGUCAACGAGAUGGACUACCUCCGUGGCCGCGAGCAGAAACUCAGGGAUACUAACGAGAGCACAAACGAGCGUGUCAAGUGGUUCGCGUUCGGCACCAUGGGCAUGCUGGUUGGGCUUGGUGCGUGGCAAGUUGUGUACCUAAGGGCAUACUUCCGGUCGAAGCAUCUUAUCUAGGUUGCUUUUGGCGGAAUCGGGGUCGAAAUUUGGAUGGACGGAGCACUCUGCAUAUUGAGCAGAUUAGCGGGAAGAUUUGGGAUUGAAGUGAUACACUGCGCGCGGUUAUGAUAGGGAAUUGUACGACCAGCGGACUCAUAGCGAUGCGUUGUGGACUGGCCAGAAACAUUGUUUCUUGCAUACUCUUUGAAGCGGAGCCUGGUUUGGCGUUGGUAGGGUCACAUGCAUUGGAAUUACAGCUCGAAAAGUGUCCAGCACGGGUUUGCUUCUUCCACUCUCGUGCCUGGGCUGAAGCAGGCUCAAGUAUUGAACCCUCGAGUCCCACCUCAUGAU